UGGCCACCAUGUUCCAGAACAUGUUCCCCUCGAUCAACGUACACAAGCUCAACCUCAACAGCAUAAAGAGAUGUGUGCUGUUAAAUUAUGAUCCCGUGUCCCAGGAGGUGGAGUUUCGUCAUUACAGCCUGAAGGUGGUGCCCGUGGGCAUGAGUCGAGGGGUGAAGAAGCUCAUGCAGGAGAAGUUUCCCAACAUGAGCAAGCUGGAGGACAUCAGUGAGCUCCUCAUGAAAGGUGUCAACCUUUCAGAGAGCGAGGCAGAGCAGGACGGGGACCACAACAUCACAGAGUUGCCACAGGUGUACUCGGGUCGUGGAAACAUGGCCUCGCAGCAGAGCGCAGUUCGGCUGACUGAGAUUGGCCCCAGAAUGACUCUGCAGCUGGUGAAGAUAGUAGAAGGCAUGGGGGAAGGAAAAGUGCUUUAUCAUUCCUUCGUCUCGAAAACAGGGGAAGAGCUUCAGGAGAUGCUGAACAGGAAGGAGGCCCGUCUGAAAGAGAAAGAAGAACGGAAGAGAAAGCAAGAACAGAACAUUGCCCUAAAAAAAGAAAAACGAGAUCAGAACAAGAAAAGAAGCUUGGAUGGCAUCAAUAGAAAGCGGCAGCAGGAAGGGCAGGUAUCAGAUGAUGAAGUGGAGGAUCCUGGGAAACCGGAGGACCAGGCUCCAGCCGAGGAGUCUGAGGACGAAGCAGAGUAUUACAGACAGGCUGUGGGGGAGGAACCAGACGAAGACAUGUUUCCUGGUGCAAAAAGGAAGCGUGGUCUUGGAAAGUCCCCAAAACCCUUUAAAAAGAGGAAGCUGUCACCGGGGAAGGGCCCUCCUCAUGUCAAAAAGAGUUUUAAGUCGCCUGACAGGGGAAAUAAAUAUGGCGGAAAACGGUUUGGGGAUAGAAAACCGCUAGAGGGGAGAAACAGGUUUAGGAAGAGCGAAGGAGGCAAAAAGUUUGGCCAAAAAGGGGGAAAAGGCUGUAGAUUUGCAGGGCAGAAAAAGGAGAUGCUGGUAAGAAGUUUGGUGGACAGAAAUCAUUUAAAGGACGUGCUGUUACGAAACAACAGAAAGGUGCUAGAGGAAAAAAGGACUUGAAACACAACAAAGGGAAAAUCUGAAAGAACUGAAAGCGAGGUUGGACACAUCUAAACCACAAGAUGGAACUGUUGCUUCACUGAUGCAUCAUGUAUUAAAUGACUGAUGUAUCAUCACGACACAAAAACAUCAGCAAAUCAAUGCUGCUUUAUGUCAGACUUGUGGCUUGUAUAAAUGUUCAUAGAUUUGGAUACAUUUUACCAAUAAAUCCUUUUAAA